AUGGCCCAGGAAGGAAAAAAUGAGGACCGUAAUAAAGAGAUGAAUGUCAAUGUGGUAGCCAUAGCGGAAGACUAUCUCGAAUCGCUUCUGACUGAUGCUUUUAAGGGGAAGGGAUAUCAGAAAAUAAGCGAACUGCUUCAAGAAAGAGAAAUAGAGCCUCUCCAGAAAUACAGCAAAUCUCUCUUCAGUCAGCUAGACAAAGCACUGAGAAAGGAGCUGGACAAGAAUGAAUUCGAGAAUGUUUCGCUGCUGCUGAAAUGUAUUCAGCUCUACUUUAAAAGUGAUCUUCAAGAAGGGACGAGUUUGUUUAUUGAGCAAGGACUGGUAGAAAAGAUGAGGAAGAAAGAGCUGGUGAAUUUAUUUUUGCCUGAACUAGGGCAUCUAGUGACAGAAGCAAGUAUUUCCUGCAAUCUGCGGCAGGAGGAAAGACCUUGCAAAAACUAUGCUGGAGAUUAUGACCUUCAGGUUGCCCUUUCAGAAGCACUUUGUAGGCUAAUGACAAAAAAAUGGAGGGAUGACCUUGUUCACCACUGGUUUGAAGAUAACUAUCUUGCUGAAGCUUUCAAAGAGAUCAAGGAUAGAGAAUUUGAGACGGUGAAGAAGCCAUCAGACGAGAAGCUGGAGGAGUUCUGGAUUGACUUCAACACUGGCAGCCAGAGUGUGACUUUCUAUGUGGACAGUAAUGAGGGCGCUCUUUGGGACUCUGUGAGGCUGUCGAAAGAAGCAGUCAGCAGUUACAGCCUGAAGGAGGAGGAUGGAGAAAAUAUUGUUAAAAUUUACAUGAAGAUUCCUGCUACUCUUAACAAAACAGAAGCAACAAAAAUCAAAAUAUCUUUCAGUGCUGAGUUUGAAAUCUUAAGUGUACUUAGAAAAGUGUUGGGAGACGAAAAAAUGAUGAUAAAUGUGGCUGAAGAGGAGUCUAUCCAUGCUGGGAAGCAAGCCAGGCAGAAUGAAGCAGUGGUACCUGAGUCCACUAAUCCAGAGGGCAGGAAAGAUCCUUCAAACAUGGACACUGUAUCAGACAACUUAGCCUCUCAGCACAGCCAACAGAUAACAGGCACCGUACCAAAAAUGGUUAACUCUGGUGUCACCAUGAUUACAGUGAGCCAGCAGACUGAUGCGGAAGAUGCUAACCGAGGCUCAGCAAAAGCAGAUAAGUGUUUAAUAGUAGCUCCAGAGGGUGAAGCUGUAGUUUCCUUGCCUCCUUCAGCAAAAAAGUCCAAAUCUCCAUCUCCAGGAAUGAAAGCUAAGCCUAGUGAGAAGCCCCUAGAAGAAGAACCCAUGGAGGAGUCGACACCAAAGAAGGCUGUUACCUGGCAAAAGAGAAACAGAAGAAGAAGUUUGGCCAAGAAGAGGACUGAAGGCAGGAAGGACCUCUAUGACUUUGAAAACUCGGACUCUGCAAGUCAUGAAAAGGUUGCUGAAGCCAAAGGAAAGGUUCUUGGCCAGAAAGUUUCUUCACAAAAUCAGAGGAGUUAUGAAACAGGAAACAAGACCGAGGAAUCAAACAAGCUGGAGAGAAGGCUGAAGUAUCAUGAUACAUCUGGCACAUUGUCAAGAGAAGAAGAAAGUUUGAAGCGGAAGGACUCAGGUAUAUUAAGUGGCACUGUCAUUAAAAAGCCUAAAUUUUCCAGUUGGGAAACAAGUCAUUUAUCCUCUGACACUUCCUAUGUGCAAAGGCAAUUUUUUGAUUCAGUAGAGAAGGAAGCAGAGAUCCAAACAGGUCAGGAAAUGGAUGACAGUGUGGAUGAUGCAUUUUUUUCCAAGAUGCUGCAUGAAGACUUCAGCGAUUCAGGGGUGAUUGCUGCAUUUGAAAGCUUUACCGGCCAACUAAAGAAAUUGUUCUGGUCGCGGUACAAAAGGAUGGAGACCAGUGCACAGAACACCCUGAGGACCUCAGAGAAGAACGUGUCCACCCCGCUGAACCAGAUACAUGAGUGCAGGCUGAGUAAGCUGGAGACCUUUCAGAAGAUUGUUGUUGAAGAGCUUGCCAGUCUUGAGAAGGAAACUCAAAUCUUGGCCAGCAUGGAGAAAGAUGCAGUGGACUUCUGGAAUGGGCAGUUGCUCAAACUGAAUUCUUUCUGCAACCAGCAAAAGCAAAGGAUUCAGUCUGUUGACUCGGCCCUGGGUGAAACAGCCAAGAGUUUUGCUGACACUGUCCAGAAUACAACGUAUGAACACCCAAUGAAGGCGGCAGUAGAAAACAACGUGUUUAUUGUUCCUUCUGACUAG